UUCCUGCUUUGGGACCGAAGGCAGGACUUCUAUCCAAGUCGGAGUAGAGGAAACCACCGGGGAACAAGGAGGCAGCACAUACUCACACAAGCCGUACCCAGUUAUCUCCAUCGGCAGUGAAAAUGACCCAGUGCGUGCAGGGGAUGCUGUAUUUGUCGGUUCUGGUGGCGUUCGCCGCCUGCAACGCUCCUCCGGUACCGUUAGACGACAUCUUCAUUGAGAAAACUUUCGUGCCAGAGCAGUGUGUGCGCGCAGUCAAAGACGGGGAUUAUGUCAGGUAUCACUACAAUGGCAUGUUUCCGGACGGCAAGAAAUUCGACUCUAGUUAUGACCGUAGCAGCACCUACAAUGUGUUUGUUGGCAAGAAGCAGCUGAUCGCAGGGAUGGACAAAGCUCUGGUGGGGAUGUGUGUGAACCAGAGAAGCCUGGUCAAGAUCCCACCUCACCUCGCAUAUGGCAAAAAGGGAUACGGUGAAAUCAUCCCUGCAGAUUCGAUCCUCCAUUUUGACGUCCUGCUGCUCGACGUGUGGAACCCGGAGGACGGCGUCCAGAUCAACACCUACCACACGCCGUCCAACUGCUCCAGAAAGGUAGAGGUGUCGGACUACAUUCGCUACCACUACAAUGGCACCCUGCUGGAUGGGACCCUCUUUGAUUCCAGCCAUACCCGUAUGCGCACCUAUGACACGUACGUUGGGAUUGGGUGGCUGAUUGCCGGUAUGGAUCAGGGCCUUCUGGGAAUGUGUGUUGGAGAGAGACGCAUCAUCACUAUGCCGCCGUCACUUGGAUACGGAGAGAAUGGAGACGGAAGCGACAUCCCAGGACAGGCGUCUCUGGUGUUUGACGUCGUACUCCUGGACCUCCACAACACCAAAGAUGGGAUCACAGUGACCAAUCAGAUCAUACCUGAGUCCUGCACAAGGAAGUCCGUUGCUGGAGACUUUGUACGCUACCACUACAAUGGCAGCCUCCUGGAUGGAACAUUUUUUGAUUCCAGCUACUCUCGUAAUCGUACCUAUGACACCUAUGUGGGUCGAGGUUAUGUGAUCGCCGGCAUGGACGAGGGUCUGAUAGGAGUCUGUGUCGGAGAGAGACGCACCGUCACCAUUCCCCCACAUCUCGGCUAUGGAGAGGAGGGCACAGGCUCUAAGAUCCCUGGUUCAGCCGUACUGGUGUUUGACGUUCACAUCAUCGACUUCCACAACCCGUCAGACACCACCGAGGUCAUCGUCACGCACAAGACAGAAGAGUGUGUCAAGCAAACCAAGAAGGGAGACUUUGUCAAAUACCACUACAACGCGUCUCUGAUGGACGGCUCGUCCAUCGACUCCACAUAUAAUUAUGGAAAGACAUACAACAUCGUCCUGGGAGCCAACCAGGUAGUCCCAGGGAUGGAAGAAGGACUGAUGGACAUGUGUGUGGGAGAGAAGAGGCACCUUGUUAUUCCUCCUCACCUGGGCUAUGGGGAGAGAGGAGUCACUAACGAAGUCCCGGGGAGCGCUGUGCUGGUGUUUGACAUCGAGCUGGUAGACAUGGAGGAAGGACUUCCUGAAGGCUACAUGUUCAUCUGGAACGAUGACGUGGCGACCGACCUCUUUACUGAGAUGGACAAAGACAAGAACGAGGAAGUGGAGCCCUCUGAGUUUACUGACUACAUCAUGCAGCAGGUGAACGAGGGUAAAGGUCGCCUGGCUCCUGGCUUCGAUCCUUAUCGCAUCAUUGAUAACAUGUUCUCCAACCAGGACCGCGAUGGAGACGGAAAGAUCACAGAGGCCGAGUUCAGACUUAAAGCAGAUGAAGUCUCCCAUGACGAGCUAUGACGGGACUGAGUGUACAACUCAGAGCAGGGUGAAGGCGGAAGGGUCAGACAACGGGGUAGUAAUACAUAUGUGGGUGGUAGAGUAGACGGGGCCGUGAGUGUAAAGUAAGCCAGUGUGAAGCAAAAAAUGUGCUGAGAGAUGAUUUUUAUUUUAUUUUAUUUUUUAUUUUGAAGAUGAUGUUCGAAGGGCUUCUUGGCCUUUAGGAAGGAAAUGAGAAGAAACAGUACAGAUUUAGGAGUGAGAUUAUUUUGAGUGCUAAGUAUUGGAAAGACUCGUCUGAGGUCUACGAUGACUUUCUUUUUUGUUUACCUCCACUCCCAUCAAGUUCUUCUUGUUUUAUGUGACAUUUGUUUGUUUUUUAUAUUGAAGGGUACAAAAGCACUCAUGUGUGAAAGAACAAACCAAGGCCUCACUCCACGAUCUCUAUAUUCAACACUCCUUUGUGACUUUUUUUGUUGUUAACAUUUUGUUAUGUGUGUGAAACUUUGUUUUCUUUUCACUGGGUAUCUGCUUGUCUCGGAAAUAUCGGACAGUCUUCCAAGAGCAAUUAGUCAGUCAUCACUCACUUGUUUGUUUCUGAAAGUUACACCUCAUUUAUUGAUUAAAAAAUAAGUGAAAAUGUUAAGUGAGCUUAAGUUACAAUAACAUUUUAUUUACAUGGUUUACAGCUGACACAUUUUACUCCUUUAUCUUAAUUGUCAGGAUGCCUUCUGUGUUUCUGCUGUUAAAAUCAUCCAAGAUAACACUGAAAGGUCCCAAAUCCUAAAAUGUUGGGGCUUUGCAGUCUUUAAAUUACUCUUCAUCCAAAUGUCAAAAUCUGUAUGCAAUUUAGGACUUUAAGACUUUAAGUGUGUGUGUACGUGUGUGUGUGUGUGUGUGCGUGAGAGAGAGAGAAAGAGAGAUAUGUGUAUGUAAAUGUUGCUUUUGUUUUACUUUUUCAUUCAGGAGAAUACCGAGGCUUGAUGAUGAAUAUGUCAACACAAAGUUUAAUUUGAUUAAAUGACCUGACCUAAACAUAA